GGGCAAGAUUUGAGGAACCCUGGUAUACAGAAAUGUAUCAACGCACAGGGUGUGAAUGGAAGGAAUAGAAGGGAGGAGUCAGUUCUAACCAGGCUGAGGGGGCGCUGCUGCUGCUGCUGCUGCUGCUGCUGCUGCUGCUGCUCCUUCCUCUCACACAACACUCGGCGGCUAAAGCUAACUAGCUCACGAUGGCCGGACAGGAGGAUCCAGUGCAAAGGGAAAUUCACCAAGACUGGGCGAACCGUGAAUAUAUCGAAGUGAUCACCAGCAGCAUUAAGAAGAUAGCCGAUUUCCUCAAUUCCUUCGAUAUGUCCUGCAGGUCCCGUUUAGCCACUUUGAAUGAGAAGCUUACUGCUUUGGAGAGGAGGAUUGAGUACAUUGAAGCCAGAGUCACAAAAGGGGAAACCUUGACUUAGCCAUCAUCCCGGGACGACACGAGUCAAGAUGAUGGCUACAAACACUCACCUCCUUGUCUUUUUGAUUUACUUUAAUUAUUCAAACACAUUUUUUAUUGGUUGGCUGUUGUAGAUCAGUUCAUUUCUGUAUGGGACCAUUGUGAUGAUGUCUAUGCUAUAAACAGAUAUGUGCUUUCCUCAUUUCAUGCCUGAUUAUGGCUGAGGUUAUACUGUAUCUGGUCCUUUAUUUUUUAUUUUUUUUUAUGUGUCAGGCAACCUGUUACUGUCUCUGUGGUGCUUGUUCAUGCAAACAGCCCAGUGUCGCUUGGUUGUGACCUGCUUUUAAAUAACUGUUGAACUUUGACACGCCAUGCAAUAUAUUAACAGUCAUGCAAAUAUAAACUGAAAUUACCAUGGGUAAACAGACAUUAUGCCUUGUUUUAUUUUUUAUUAAUAACUAAUAAUUUUUUGAGUUUUGAUUUGGCCUCCUAUGUUUUACUGGUCUAUUCUUUUUUUGAAUUACAGAAGUUUGUGUUUGAGAUACAUUUCUGCCUGCUGUACAUUUAUCAUGCAACAAACAUCUACACAGAGAAAUGCCCGUUAGAGCUGGGAGUGGAUGGAAAGCACUAAAGUGCCAAUCAGACUGUUUUAAAAGUGUUUAGUGCUUUUUCUCCAGUUACACAAUUUUAUGUCUUAGUGUCUGUAAUUAAGAUGUUUUUGUGGUUAAACAUUAAAUAAAAAACUCUUAAAUGGU